UCAAGAACUACAGGAGUACCACUGUCUUUCCUUAUUUGAAUGAUUUGAAGCUCAUGAGGGAUUUCCAUUCAACUACGUUUUUGUAAAAGUGUCAGGAAAAAUAUAAUAUUUAACGAAAUAUAUAUAUAUAUAUAGAUAUAUAUAUGUUUGUCCCAAAAACAAAAUGGGAUCAAGAUAGAUUCCCUAUAUAUGCUUAAUUCCCAUCCCAGAAUGGGAUCUAUAUAAUAUAUAGUAUAUAUAUAACAUGAGUUUUGUUAAAUAAAUCAGCGUGUGUUAGAGCAUUCCCAUUCGGUUCUCCAUCCCCCCGUUUCCCUAUUAUUUGUUGAAAGUUUUAGAGUUUUCUCUAAAACCCUCCCUCCAUCCAAUUCCCUAAAAUGGGGUUCUAAUUUUCGGGGUGUACAGGAAAUUCCCAUCUUUGGGGACCUACUGUACAUCCCCAAAUCCCAUUUCCCUAUCCUGUCCCGCGUUCAUCCCUCUCGACGGUUGGUGCUCCAAUAAUCGUCUCUCCUGCUAGGAAAUCGGUAUUUUACUUCUCAUUUUCUCACCCUUGUUAAUUUCUUGCAUGUUUCUUGAUGAUGAAACAUCUAAUGCUUUGGAACCGAUGUUUGGUUGGUGUGAAAAGUCAUAGGGUUUUCUUGUGGCUAUUUCCCUGGGUUAUCCGUUUGGUUGCUGUGAAAAUUUCUGUUCGGUGAAGGGAACUUUUUUCAUGAGUUACCUGUUUGGUUGCUGUGAAAAUAGACUGGACCUUUGCUUUGAUUUUUUCCUGAGCAACCCGUUUGGUUGCUGUGAAAAUGUGAACCGGGCAUGGUGUAAUAUUUUCUUGAGUAACCCGUUUGGUUGCUGUGAAACCGAAUGAGGUCUGGCUUGCGUUUUGAUGAAUGGUGCCCCUGUUUGGUUGGUGCGAAUUUCAAAAAAUGUUUGCUGCCCUGUUUUUUCUUCUGUGAUUGUUUGGGAACCCCGAAAAUCAUCCAUGAUGUUUCUGUCAUAUUUUCCUUUGGCUAUUGUUUGGUUGCUGUGAAAAUGUAUACUCUUUUCCUGUGAUGAUUAUCUAGCUCACAUGUAUUGUUUGGUGGGCCAGAAUAGAUUUAUGAUUUUGAAUCUUUGAUGAUCCAAGAUUGGUUUUCAGUUGCUGUGAACAUCUUUGCUUGAUGAAUUUCGGAUCUAGAUUUUUUUCCAUAUCUUUUUCCUUCAAAGCAUGCUUCUUGGGCUGCUGUUUCUUGGUCUUUCAUAUCCAAUGUUGAAUUUGCCCCUAAAUAUUGUGAUCUCUCUUCUAAAUUCUGUUUUCAUUAUGCAAUUUAUAAAAAUACAUUAUGCAAUCUUUGUAACCUGUGAUUAUUUGAGAAGACAAUUAAUUCCACUAUAACUACUUUCUAGAUUUUAAUUUUUAUCUCUGAUUAGAGACUUGAAUGGAUUAAUUCCAUACGUGGUGGACAUUUGAUUUUUAUCACAUAUAUAAUAGUUGAUCAUACUUUUAUUAAAUCUUGUUGGAAAUGCAAGAAUGCUUUUUAUGUGUAAUCUUAAAUUGAUGGAUUUUUAUUGGUGCUCCAAUAACAUGCUGCUAUUAAGAACUUGCUCUUGGUCCUUUAACAUGUUGUAUUCGGCCCCUUUAAUUUAGUCUCUUGCUCUUGUUUGUUAUUAAGAACUUGUGUUUGGAAAAUACAUUUUUUGGGCUUUCGGACUCCUAUUUUUUAAUAUAAUUAGAGAGUGGAAUUUCUCUCCACAUAACUCUAUAUUAUGGAAGGUAUUAAUAGCCCAACAUGCUCAUAACUUUAUGCUUGAAUUGAUGGAAUAUUGCAACUGUCCUUGGAAUAAAAUCGUUUGCUCAUUUUGAUGUUCAAUUAUGGGUCAUUGCAGUGUUGCGUAUCUCGCAGGGGAGAGGGUUUAUAUUAGGCUGUGAUGAUGGUGUUAUAGUGCGGGUUAUGUCAGAAGUGUGUAUGGGGCCCCAUCGAUAUGGUGGGGUAAUUCUCACCCGAAUUGCCAUAUUACAGUUUGUGGUACUUUCCACAAAAGGCAAUCGGGGUUCGGGUGAGAUUUUGCAGCCAUUCGAUGUUGGGCUCCUUGCUUACACAUGGUGUCAAUAUUUACACCAUUCUGAGCCUUUUUAAUUAUUUAUAUAUUUGAUAUGGAUGUAGAAUCGGAUGGGGAUGCUCGUAUUUAGGAUUAUUUUGUUUUGCAUGUUGUUUGGUAUUAUGGAUUAAUUGAGUUAUAUUAUGUGUAAACUAAACCACAAGGCUGUGAUGAUGACAACCGUUUGUGGGGAUACAGGAAAUUUAAUGGUCAUUUCCCCAAUGGCUAGGUAAUCAGGACGGCCAAUAAGUAUUGGCAACCGGUUGUUUUGGCCAUUAGUGGGUGGCCAACUUUCCAAGAUCAUACCAAACGGUUUCUGAGCCAUCCACUCGGACUAACACCCCAAACUUUCUAAAUUUCAUUUCUAACAUUUUCAAUGCAUUUUUAGCAAUGGAUUCACAAGACUGUGGACAUAUGUACUUCACGAACUCCUAAGUCAAGAUCCUCAACUCGAGCUCACUUAUGGUGGGCAAUGUGAAACAUCUCCAGUGACCCUUGAUGACUCUCCACCUCAACCCUCUAACGAGCCUAUCGGCAUUAGGAAAUCAGUGAGGGGUGCGAAUUUCACCCCCGAGGAAGACAAGUUACUUGUAUCCGCAUGGCUAAAUUGUAGCCUUGAUGCCGUCCAGGGAACAAAUAAAAAACACUCCCAGUUUUGGAAAAAAAAUUUUGAGUACUUUCAACAAUUUAAAGAAACCACAAAUGAGCGGACAAUAAAGUCUUUAAUUCACCGGUGGUCGGUGAUCCAAAAGGCCGCAAACAAAUUUUGUGCGAAACUAGCCCAAGUUUAAGGGUUAAAUCAAAGUGGCAUGACCGAGCAAGACAAGUUUGAAAAAGCGAAGGUUAUGUACCAAUCGCUAGAGAAAUGCUCAUUCCAAUUUGAGCAUUGUUGGCACCUAUUGAAGGACCAACCUAAGUGGAUUUGGCGCACGACAAAGGAGAAUCCAAAGCAGAAGAAGACGAUAUCCCCAUCCCCGACCCCAACUCGAUAUUCUGGAGCUACAGUUGAUUCAGUUUUUUAUCUCGAGGCGGACCAUGUGAUGGAGAAUGAAGUUAUCGAGCCCGACCGACCAAUUGUAAGGAAAGCUGAGAAAGGAAAACGAAAGGCCCAAGGCCAGCAUGCAGAGGAGAACUUCCAACUCAGGAAGAUGAAGCAUACUCUGUUGGAGGAGUCACGCGCUCAGGAGAAAGAGUUUUUUCGUCUUAAAGCCGAGAAGAUGGCGUAUGACAAGGAAGUGGAGGCCAGAAAAUUAUGUCAAGAGGACGAACGGCUUCGGUUGGAGGCGGAGAAAGUGGAGCUCGGGAAGAAGGAAUCAGAUCAGCGCAUUAUGAUGAUGGAUGUGAGUGUCAUGUCAUAAUUGCAGCGUGAGUUUUUCCAGCAACUCCAGAGGGAGGUCAUGGCGAGACGCAGUCGGUCCGACGAUUUGGAUUGAUUUAUUUGUAUUUGAUUUCUUAUUUUAUGUUUGUAACAAUUAUAUGUGUAAAAAUACAUGUAAUUAAUCUUUUUUGUAUUUGAUAAUAUGGGAACUAUGAUAGGGUUAUGCAAUUAAUGACUCAAUGACAGUUUCAGAAACAAACUUGA